AGAAGGAAAAAAAUACAUUGCACAUCCAAUGGAAUGGAUUAAUAAUUGACAGUAGCUAGAUAGCUGCUCGAAAGUAAUCAUUUCAACCACAAAACAGAUGUGAUUAUCAAAACGGGUAUUCUGGACGCUUGUUUUUUAAGUCUCUAAAUAUAUUUGCGUCAGUCCAUAAAUGACUGUCCUAUCUGAGGAGACGGUGUUUCCAGGUCUGAAUAGCUAAACUAGUUAGCUAGCUACCCACUGCUAGCUGGUUAGCGGAUACAUUUCUGCGAGCUAACAUUAGGUGGCCAGUUUUGGUUUGGUAUCUGUGGUUAAUCCGAAAAUUGUAUUUGUGUCUCAUCAUUUUUAGCAGUGCCGGUGAUGUGUUUACUUAUUUCGUUGCAGUUUAAACGUGUUUUAAAGGCACGACUUAACGUUAACGUUUUGACUCCUUUGGCUGUAGGCUAGCUAGGUAGCUAGUAGAAGGUCAACAUUGUUGAACCCUGCUAGCUACAGCUGACUACAGUGGGUGGGAUAGACACUUCUCAGCAAACCGUCAGCUACAGCUAUGCGCAAUGAGGUAUAAACAGAGUGGGUGUUUCAGCUAUCCAGAUAUAGACAGUUGUUCAUUAGUUAGUCAUUAGCUAGCUAACUGGGAAAGUAGCUAUAACGUUACCUGCUGGCUGAAGUUACUCAAUUCUCUCCAACCAUGAUCAAGUUGAUGCGCACGAAAAUACCUCAAUAACAACAGCCAAUACCUGGAAAUAUGGAUUUCACGUGGACUUCAGCCAUACUUAAAAAUCCCCCGAUUCUACUUUCAAAAUUACAUUUUCAGACAACUGUCUUAGCUACUUUUUGAUUUUUGCUGACAGGACAACUUUCCCUGUUUUGUUUUGGAGAGUAGUGGUUUGACUUGGGAUCUCUGGUAGAUUUUUGAAUGUAAUUAUAGUUAGUUUCUUUCUCAAUAACAGGUAGGCCUAACUUUUUUUCUCUAACAUAAGAUGUUCUGUUAUUGUUAAUGUGUUAUUAUUGUUAGAUGUCGAUUAACCAUUGAUGACAGCUACAUUUGUCAACCGUCUUGUUCAGAAUUUGUUUAACUACAGUGGAAUUUGUGAAUCAAAUUUCGUUGUAGUACAGAAUAACAUACAAUCACAGUGCUCAUCUGUCUUUGCCCCCACAAAGUGGACGAUGAAUGGCCUAUCUGUCAGUGAGCUAUGCUGCCUGUUCUGCUGCCCCCCCUUUCCGAGCCGUAUUGCUGCCAAGCUUGCCUUCCUGCCUCCUGAGCCUACAUAUUCCCUCCUCCCAGACCUGGAGGGGUCUGCAGCCCCGGGGACAGCAGGGACCGCAGGGCUAAGAUCCAGAGGUAGUGGGGUACAUGGAGUUGCUGUAGGGGGUUCAGGCAGCACUGGUCCUGCAGAAGGAAAAUGGAAGCUCCACCUGACAGAGCGAGCUGAGUUCCAGUAUUCCCAGAGAGAGCUGGAUGCUACAGAGGUGUUCCUUACCCGCUCCAGUCGUGGCAACAGAGUGGGCUGCAUGUACAUCCGCUGUGCCCCCACUGCCAGGUUAGUCACGUGUGUGUGUGUGUGUGUGUAGGUGCUUGUGUGUACACCUUGGCUCAUUGAGGCCCUUUUGUUUCACCAUGUGUCACACAUCCUAGUAUGAAAAUGUAUGCACUCACUAAACUGUAAGUCGCUCUGGAUAAGAGCAUCUGCUAAAUGACUAAAAAUGUUUGUUUUUUAAACAUCCUCUGAUAAACUCACCUCCUUUUCCUCUCAUCUUGUUUUUGUUAUGCCAUUCUUUUCCCUCUUGCUUGUGUCCUAUUUCUUUACUUCCUGGACUUGCUUCCUCAUUGUGUCGGGCUAUCUCAAACCUGUUCUCUUCCUGCUUUCCUCAUUCAUUGUUCAUUACAUUUUACAUUUUAGUCAUUUAGCAGACACUCUUAUCCAGAGCGACUUACAGUUAGUGAGUGCAUACAUUUUUCAUACUGGCCCCCCGUGGGAAACAAACCCACAACCCUGGCGUUGCAAGCGCCAUGCUCUACCAACUGAGCUACAGGGGACUUCUUUGACCUACCAAUACCAUUCUCCUGGUUCUUACCCCAAUUCAUGCUCUCAUUUUUUGCCUGUGGUCUUGUAAGAUGAUAUUGGUGAGUUGUGAUAGUCUGAUUUGUCUAUUGGUGAUUGAUAGUCUGGUAUGCUGAGUUUAUACAUUAUUAUGUUUUUAUAUGGUAUGGCUUCAGGUAGCCUACUUGUUGCUCUUGUUGAUUUAUUUCAGUAAUCAACUAAAUUGAUUUGAGAAGAUAUGGACUGGGUCCUGUUACUCUUGAUGUAGUGCCAGUGUCACACGUGAAUGCAAUGUAAUAUGGCACUCCUUGUUCAGGGUCACAUUUUGAGCAAAAAGCCCAAGAGCAAAGCAAUGACUUACUGUAUGGGAGGGGCAGAGUCUCUUUAAAGAAUAGAGAGUAUCCAGUUGCUUUAGGGAGCACAGCUUGAAUUCAUGAAUAGAAAGCACAUGGAUGAUGCCUGCGGAAUAGCAACCCUAUUAUUCAUGUAGUACAGAACAAGUAAAAAGACAGGAAUUAAACUUAGUGAACUAGUCCUCUCUUGAGUCUGUGGCCAUAACCAUAACUUAAUCAACACAUUCAAGUCCCAUUCAAAUAGGUAAUUCCUGAGGUUUUAAUGGGAAUCUGCUAUUCACACAGUACAGGUCAGGAUAGGUAAAAAGACCAGGUACGGUCUGUCUUAGUAACCUAGUCGUCUCUCUGUGGCCUCUCUCACCAGGUUCACAGUGCUGUUCUCCCACGGCAACGCGGUGGACCUUGGCCAGAUGAGCAGCUUCUAUAUCGGCCUGGGAACGCGUAUCAACUGCAACAUCUUCUCCUACGACUACUCCGGCUACGGUGUCAGCACGGGCAAGCCUUCAGAGAAGAACCUCUACGCUGACAUUGACGCUGCCUGGCAGGCCCUGCGCACACGGUACGUACGGCACCGCCGCAACGCACAGGGCUGGGCAGGCUGGGGCUCUAUACAUCAUGUCAGGGAGGGACGGCUGUGUAGUCAGUGGGAGAUGUCACCUUACAGAGGGAGUGGGGUAAUGUCACACAAUGACAGGCUCAUGCAGCUAAUGGACUCAUUAGUUUGAUGGGAUGCUUUGUUAUCAAUGGCUGUCCUUGGAUAGGUGUGUUGGAGUUAUGGAGCUACAGCUGGUUUUUAUGUUAGGCAUGCCAUGUUCGCAGACAUUUGUUACCCGUUUACUCCUAGAUUUUUAUUAUCACAGUUUAGGCUUCAUAGGAUGGAUUUAUGUUUAAAUUGUUUUAGUGUUUGCCACUCCUAGCUUUUCCCUGACAUGAUUGUGUUUAAUUCCUCUUUCUUCCUGGUUGUGAUCAGAUAUGGCAUCAGCCCAGAGAACAUAAUCCUGUACGGGCAGAGCAUUGGCACUGUACCCACGGUCGACCUGGCAUCACGGUAUGAGUGUGCCGCCGUGGUGCUCCACUCCCCCCUCACCUCUGGCAUGCGGGUGGCCUUCCCAGACACCAAGAAGACCUACUGCUUUGAUGCUUUCCCCAAGUGAGUAACCCACAACACCUUCCUCCUUAUCGCUUUAUCUUCAACUCUUGACUGCUUGUCUGUUUGUCUGUCUGCCUGUUGGCAUUUUCACAUAAUAGCACAUGAUGAGAUUAGCAAAUAAGUGUAGAACUGGAAAUGUCAGGGGCAAAAGAUAUGUCCAACUAAAAGAAUAACUGCAAUCUCUUUCAUGUAUUUCAUUAUUCAGUCUCUCUCUCUGGGGAAACAGCCUCGGCACAUCUGAGUCAUAACUGAGUCAUCUCUCACUCUGCAUCAGAUCAUAAGCAGGUGUCGUAAACACUGACUCCUCCAGUCAUUUGAUCAUAUCAUCUCCCUUUAUUAUGUAAAAUGUGAUGGUGUGGUAUUUGAGCCAUUAGAAUCACAUGCUGGUUCACUGAAUAGGAUUCCAUUACAGUCCAGUACAGUACCAGGCAGUGCCAGUGUAGGAGUAGAGUAGGUGAUGGGGACGGGGAUGCCUCUGCUCUGUGGUGAAAGCCUCCAGUGUUCUCCUCCACCACCCUGAGUUAGGCCACCCUUGGGUGCCUGUUGCCCAGGUGGCUCUCCCACUCCCCAGCCCACACUGACUCCCAUACUCCAGGAGUAGGCAACUAGAUUCAGCCGAGGAAUGAUUUGUGUCCAAGCGGAUGGUGGGAAAAUAAUUAUGAUAAUUUGUACACUUGAACACAAAAAGUAAACCCAAAAAGAGAUUGUAUUUGAAAAUAACAAUAAUUUCAUACCUUGAUUACAUUGAGACACGAUCACGUCUCUUUCUAUUUGUAGGAAUACUACUUUUUUUGCCGAAUUCCUUGUGAUUUUACAGUCUUUUUUGACAAACUAAAAUCUUUGGGGGCCCCAAAAAAUCACCCACAGGCUGGUUUUGGUCCACAGGCCGCCUGUUUCUGAACCCUGCCAUACGCCAUCCAGUCAGUGGACUCCCAGUAAUGUAAUACUAGCUUGGUUCAGAUCUGUAUGUGCUUAUAGCCAACCCACAGUUAUGUUGGGGACGGAGGGAGGACUGAGAGUACUCUCUUCCUUCUGAACUAGCAGAUUGAGCUGAGCUGAGCUGGGAGAUGCAUUUACAUGCAGCAGGAUUGUGUUCUCAUUAUUAUCUACCCUCUGUCCUGUUUGUUCCUCGACCUGUUAGACAACAGUUGCUGGUCAGUGCUCACAGUUGCAGGGCAUGUUGCACUAACUGGCCAUGCUAGAACAGACAGAAGUCUGUACAAUGCUUUCUGUCCACGGUUACCCUUUAAGAGCAUACUUAGUUAUAACAAUGUUGUUACACACAUGGCAAUCUAGUGACUACCUUUGCUUCCCUUAUCCCCAGUCUCUGUAACUCCAUUGCCCAUUGUCUCUCUCUCUGUCAGCAUUGAGAAGGUGUCUAAGAUCACGUCGCCGGUGCUGAUCAUCCACGGGACGGAGGACGAGGUGAUCGACUUCUCCCACGGCCUGGCUCUGUUCGAGCGCUGUCCCAAGGCCGUGGAGCCACUCUGGGUGGAGGGGGCGGGACACAACGACAUCGAACUGUACAGCCAAUACCUGGAGCGCCUGCGCCGCUUCAUUGGCCAGGAGCUGGCUGCACAGCACGCCUGAUACCCCCACACCACCU